CAUUCUGUCAUGGACCACGCUGAACACGGACACACUGCUGUAGCGAGAUGCAGCAUGUACAUGCUUUGGAAACGAAUAUUGUUGAUACCUGUGUCGUCUUCCGCUCAUGGCAUAUUCGGACGCAGUUUGGGUUCUUCCUCUCCUUCGUCGUUAUCGUUUUACUCGGAGUUCUAUACGAACGUCUCCGAAACGAUCAGCGCUUACUUGACGUCAAGAUCUCCGCGGAGAUCGUUCAAGAGAGGAACGAAAAUACAGAAAGACAAGAACUAUUGAACACUGGGCCAAAGAGGCAAGCAUAUACUUGGCAUGUCACAUAUCAUCUAACGGAAGCUUGAUUUUGUUGGGUUGGGUUGGGGUUCAGAUACGCUGUUCCUCCUUUUCGACGAAUUCAACGAGCCUUGCUUUACGGCGUGUCCACCUUUCUCUCGUUCUUCCUCAUGUUGAUCUUCAUGACUUAUAACGCAUACCUCAUCACAGCCGUCGUACUCGGUGCAACCAUCGGCCAUUACAUUUAUAGCGAAGGAAUCGAAGCAGAUGCUGUACUCUUCGGG